AUGGUCUGCCUCGACGGGUAUUUGAGCAAGGAUUUCGACGAAGACGACGAAGGAUCAUGCUACCGAAGAGCGGCUGUGCAGCAUCUUGCGCUGUUCUUGCUGCGACGGUCGGCCGAAGAUGCAAAGCGGGACGCCAAGCAGUGGGCAGCCUCAUCCGGUGACGGUGACUCCACGGCAGUCUAUCUAGACGAGGAUGGCACCGCGGAGGCGGGUGUCGAGCCAGAUCGAAGCUCGAUCGGGGCGAACCAAAUCACGGCCGGCUCGCCAGAGCUCAUAGCGAUGAUGCAGGAGCUCAGCCGCUUCCAGCAACUGGCGUUUUCGUCGUCUUCCGAGUUCCAGGCCGCAAUACUAUCCGAACGGGGCCCGAGACGAAUCAACAUCCCGGGGCGGGCAUCCUCCGGAGCCACCAUACCGCCGCAGAGUCAGGUUAGGGCCAUAAAGUCGCAGCAAACCUGUGCGUCCAGGAGAGGAGAAGAUGAUCCGGGAAUACAAAGCGUGCCCCCGGCAGAGGUGACUGAUCGUCGGGCGGCGGUGCGCAGCGUGCUCACGGGUUUCGGGGAUGACGAUAUCCUGAUGACGGCGGCGGACCUCGAGGAAACGGUAGAGGCCAGCGCGGGAAUGGAGAUCCGGCUCGGCGCCUCAACCUCCUUUAUCGAGGCGGGUAAGGCCCUGGUAGCGAGGUUCACGCUGAACAAGAAGCAGGCGAUUGCCUUCCUAAUCAUAUGCCGUCAGCUUGACCUCAUACGGCGCGGGGAGAAAGGCAACGGGUGUCAGCUAUGCCAAUUCGUCGGCGGAGAGGGCGGAACGGGCAAGUCGCGAGUCAUCGAGGCGCUCGUCGAACUCUUCGCGUCCAAGGAUCAAUCGAAUCGCGUGAUAAUAACGGCGACGUCAGGGACGGCAGCAGCACGGAUCAAUGGCAUCACGAUCCACUCCGCCUGCGGGUUCUCCAAAGAUCUCGCGGCAGUCGCAAAUAUGGCCAGGGAUCUCGACGGGUUGCGAAUGCCGAACCAGGCGGAGCGGUUCGUCCACGGGCAAUCCCGGAUGGACUGGCAGGAGAAGGACGUGCUUGUCGUCGACGAGGUUAGCAUGCUCGGUGCGCGGACGCUCCACGCGGUCAACGAGCAGCUCUGCCGGCUGCGCGGGUCGCACCAGGAUUUUGGAGGGAUCCCCAUUGUCCUCUUCUGCGGAGACUUCCACCAGUUCCGCCCGGUCCAAGAGCGGUCGAUCCUCCUCCCCAGCACGGCCGUCUCGUGGGACAUGGACAACUCUUUCAAGGCCGAGCAACGGCACCAGCACGACAAGGCGCACGCGCUGUGGAAGAGGUUCACGACCGUCGUCAUGCUCGACGAGCAAGUGCGCGCCGCUGGCGACCCAGAGCUGCAGAGGCUGUUAAAGCGAAUCCGACUGGGCGCGCAGGACCGCACGGAUCUGGACCUCCUCAACUCAAGAUGCUACCAGGAAGGUAGGCGGAUCCCGUGGGCAUCAGGCAUCACUGUGGUGACGCCGCUGAAUAGGAACCGGUGGAACCUCAACAUGGAGGCCAGCUUGGCGUUCCAGAUCCAGCACCGGUCGACGCUGCGCAUCUUCAUAUCCGGCCAUAAAUGGAAGGAGGGCUUGCCGACGGAGGAGGAGGCCAUCAUGAUGCUGAACCAGGGCGACGAUAGCGCAAUACCGGUGCCGGCCGUCUUCAUGUUCGUGCCGGGGAUGCCGGUCGUCGUGAACCACAACACCCAUCAGGGGCUAAAGCUGGUGAACGACAUGACGGUCCAUUUCGGGCCGCCGGCGGGAUAA